GGAGCGGAGCAAUUCACUUGACGUCAGUGCGUAAGAACGCACGGAGUCGGCGAAGGGGACUCCGAGAACCUUGCGGAGGAUUAUCACUAGAUUUACCUCUCUAUUUUUUGUUAUUAUAUCCAUCAUUUAUUCCUCUCUUCUUUCUCCCUCUGAAAGAAUCAAACUGCAUGUGACGAGUAUGUCGGCAGAAGUUUCCAAGGGAAUGUUCCUCUUUCUCUCCCUCGUGUUGCUGGAUCCCGUGUCUUCAGUGCAAAAUCAGAUGUGCGACAUGAUGAGGGAAAUCGACAAAGAGCGGGACACGUGCGAGGCCCAGAUUGAGAACAGAACGACAGGUUGCAGUGGGACGUGGGACAAGAUCACCUGCUGGCCCAGUGCCAACACCGGAGAGGUGGUCACCAUCCCCUGUCCCAAGUACCUCUUCUACUUCUCCAGGGAUGUCCUUACACGUAACCUGUCAAAGACCUGCACAGAGGAUGGCUGGACCCCCAUCAGCAUGGACUCCUACAUAAUGGACUGCGGAUACAAUCCCAACAACACCAUGGACGAUAAUACAGGAGACUUCUUCACUGCCAUCAAAGUGGGUUACACCAUCGGUCACAGCGUGUCGCUCAUUUCCCUCACGGUCGCCAUCGUCAUACUGUGUCUCUUUCGGAAGCUGCACUGCACGAGAAACUGCAUCCACAUGCAUCUCUUUGUGUCGUUCAUACUGAAGGCCGUGGCCGUGUUCAUCAAGGACGUGGUCCUGUACGAUGUUGGAGAGACAGAGAACUGCCAGUCGUCUGUGGGCUGCAAGGCGGUGGUGGUCUUCUUCCAGUACGGGAUCAUGGCGAGUUACUUCUGGCUGCUGGUGGAGGGCCUCUACCUCCACGCUCUGCUCGCCGUCUCCUUCUUCUCGGAGAGGAAGUACUUCUGGUGGUACAUCCUGAUUGGGUGGGGGGCUCCAACUAUCUUUAUCUCGGCAUGGGUGAUUACAAAGGUGUAUUUGAAUGAUUCUGGAUGCUGGGAGACAAUCGAUGACAGUCCAUGGUGGAUCAUCAAAACACCCAUUCUCGUCACCAUACUCGUGAACUUUUCCCUUUUCAUUUGUAUAAUCCGGAUUCUGCGACAGAAGAUGAAUUGCCCCGACAUCGGAAGAAAGGAAUCCAAUCAGUACUCGAGACUGGCUAAAUCCACACUGUUGUUGAUCCCGCUCUUCGGGAUCAACUACAUCAUUUUUGCCUUCAUUCCGGAUCACGUCCACCCUCAAGUCAGGAUGGUGUUCGAUCUCAUCCUCGGGUCAUUUCAGGGUUUUGUUGUUGCCGUGUUGUACUGCUUCUUGAACGGAGAGGUACAGUCGGAGAUUAAGCGUAAGUGGCGCAGAUGGAUGCUGCAGAGGUUCCUGGGCACCGACACUAAGUACCAGCAGCCCUCCAUAGGCAGCAAUGGCAACAACUUCAGCACCCAGAUCACCAUGUUCACUAAGUGCAGCCCCAGCACGCGCCGUGCGUCCGCGUUUCAGGAGCACCUCUCCGCCAUCUGAGACUCGCGCUUGCUCCCCAUCUCUGCUUCCGUCGUUGUGUACUGAAUGUGUGGCCCCACUGUUGCAAUGCAGUUGAUAUUGGUCACUGAAAGUCAAUAGGACAUUUUAGCGCUGAAGCUAAUAUUUGUUCAUCGUAAUUUGAUCCAUUGCCUUUGAAAAAAAAAAAAAAAAAGGCGCGUACUCAGUGUUUGUCUUGCGAGGAUGGAAAGACAACCAGAACCACUAUGGAGACGCUUAUUCAGUGAAUGGGCAAAAACACAAAUCAGAGAUAUUGUUAUCGUCAUGGACAGUUUGGAGUUUGAGUGGGUUUGAUCGGGGAGGUGCUUCCAUUGUGCUGGUUGGCUGACUUACAUGGCAGGUAAUCGGAUGUCUGCAUAAAGGUCAUUGUCACACUGAUGCACCACAGUGAAAUGCUCUGGUGAGGUCACACGAUGAGUCACCGUGUACUGACUAUUGACAAGUUUGUCGAAAACUAACUGUCCGAAUAACAUGAACUAAGUUUCAGAGUGCAGCAGGGGGAAAAAAAAGAAAGAUCUUCAUGAUCAUGAUGUGAGUUUAAGGGGAGGCGGGGCUCUCGGCCGGCACUUUCCAUCCGAUGUUGAGCAAUAAGUGGAUGGAGCCAGAGAGACGAGCUGCAUCCUAUACGAAACAUGAUGUUUAUGAAAAGGGGUUUGUUACACAAGAGGAACGCCGAGCACUUAACCUAAUGGCCACGUGGCCUCGGGGAGCGGCGGUAGCAACAUUAACGACAGUGUCAGGCCGUCAUAAACAGCAGAUACGGAUAAGGAAUCUGUAGCAUAACCAGCAUACUGGACAUUCCCGUCCUGCGUAUGACAGUUCUAUGACAGGACAUGCACUCUGCUGAAUUACUGCUGGAUUACAUUCCAGAGGAGCGACCGAAGCUGCUGCUUGUGAAAAUUAUUCACAGAGGCUUUAAGUUUCGUCUGAGUGCACCGUCACUCAACAGACAUUUAUUUGUACUGUUUCUGAAACCAACAGACCAGAUGUAUUCCGUCAUUAGUCCACAGUACGCAACUUUGGGUAGUGAAUAUGUGGCAAUAACAAUUAACUUCCAUUAACUGGAGGGCAAGGACAAUUCAUUUAGUUGGAUUGGCUUUUAGUUUUCCACUCUAUUGUAUUCUAUUCCGUACUGACAAUUUAAGUAUGCUGUACGCUGUAUCGUAUUAUUUUUUGCCACGCUUGUGGUUUUUCUUGGAUGGUAUAGUCAGUUGGUAGGUACAUCACCUUGGUCCAGACUGAAAUAUCUCACCAAUUGUUGUAUAGCUCGCUAUUGAAUUUUUUUCUCGAGCGCUUGACGAGGAUCACAUUUGUGCUUUUGAGUGAAAUGUCUCAAACGACAUUUUUCCUACUGUGCAUCCAGGCAGCAACAGUGUCAUAUUUCACGUGAGAGCCGUGUUGCAGUCUGAUGUUUUCCCCAUCUUGUUCUCGUUGUAUCGGCGUGCGUAAAACUGAAACUAACGGAAAGUACCUCAAACUAAAUGUUUCACACAGCUAUUGUAUGUGAUGUGAAACUGUAAAUAUGGCAAAUCAUUAGGUGUACGACGUCUUUCAUGACUUAUACAGUAGUGCUCAGGUGUCAACUGGAAAUCGAUGUUUACAUUUAAACAUGUCUGUCAGUAUUGUUGGUGAGGUGUAUCUUAUUUGCUGCCAUGUAAAUGUGGUGUAAAUAUCGUUCGCUGUACAGUGUGUUGAAUCGGCUGUGAAUAUGUCAUUGGACAACGUGUCAGAUGAAGAUGAAUAAAACCAUUUGCACUGUG